AUGGCAUUAGCCUAUAUCAGAAUCAAUAACACCCUCAAGUCAGGAUUUACCUAUAUCAGAAUUAUUCCCCAAAUCAUGCCCACCAAAAAACCAAGAUCUAAGGGUAUAGCUUAUCUCAUGUCUCAAAGAGACGUCCCUACGGGUCUGCAAAGCAAUAAAUCUGUACGGAUUUCUGAUUUAUCUAAUAGUGGAGCUAGUAUCAAGACACAUAUUAUCAAUAAGAGUGAUAUACUCAAUACCCUAACAAAAAAAGCAGAAAAAGAUGACCUGUAUACUUUAAUUGAGCAUGAUUGUAAAGAAUCAGAAAUAAUCAAAUAUGGAUCAAAAAGAAUUUUAGCCACAAAGUGA